UCACCCAUGCCCCCCCAAAAAAAUUUCUCUUUCAAGGGGUUGCUAAGCAACGGCGGCUCGGGGUGGUGCCGCAGCUAAUCGCUGCUGGUGCUGGCUUGCGGGGCGGCAGGGGUACCAGGGGGUGGAGGGUGGCUCGGGGCCUGUACUCACAGACUGGGCGAGCGGGGUUGGAGGUGAGGAAGGUCUGAUAGUAAGAACUAACAUUUGGAUUGGGUUCAGGAUGAGUCUCCUGUUGCCCAAGCUUGCAUCCAAAAAAGAAGUGGACCAAGCAAUAAAAAGCACUGCAGAAAAGGUUUUGGUUCUCCGAUUUGGAAGAGAUGAGGAUCCUGUGUGUCUGCAGAUAGAUGACAUCCUUUCUAAGACUUAUCAUGACUUAAGUAAAAUGGCCAAGAUAUAUCUGGUGGAUGUGGACCAAACACCAAUUUACACCCAGUAUUUUGACAUCAGCUAUAUUCCAUCGACUGUCUUUUUCUUCAAUGGGCAGCAUAUGAAAGUGGAUUAUGGGUCUCCAGAUCACACUAAGUUUGUGGGAAGCUUCAAAACUAAACAGGACUUCAUAGACUUGGUUGAAGUAAUCUAUCGAGGAGCAAUGCGAGGAAAACUUAUCGUCCAAAGUCCAAUUGAUCCCAAAAACAUUCCUAAAUAUGACCUUCUUUAUCAAGGCAUUUAAAAUAAGAAUGAGAGGAAGAGGAUGGUGUCUUCCUUCAGUUAAGCUGCAGAGAGAGCCUUCUUUAUCAAGGCAUUUAAAACAUUGACUUGAACAGAAGUUGAAGAGGUAAAUGCAGUUGAAACAACACAUAUAACCAAAUAUGCUGUUGUUGCGUGGCCCUGUUGUCUUGAAGAGAUCACACACCAGAAAAGGGAGGAGAGUAGAAGAGGUUUGAAUUUUAUACCAAAUUCUAAAAUGGUGUCAGACCCCUGAUUAAGAGAUCAUAUUGAAAUUGGGGCUAUCCCCAUCCCUAUUUGGGGAAACUUCAGACCCCUAAUUUUCUACUAUCUAUACACAUUUGGUAAAUUGUGCUAAAUAGUGUCAAUCUUGGAUUCAGGCUUAAUUUCUUUUUUUUUUCUUUUUUUUUUUAAGUGAGGCAAUUGGGGUUAAGUGACUUGCCGAGGGUCACACAGCUAGUAAGUGUUAAGUGACUGAGGUCGGAUUUGAACUCAGGUCUUCCUGACUCCAGGGCCGGUGCUCUAUCCACUGCACCACCCAGCUGCCCCCAGGCUUAAUUUCUAACUCCACCCCCCCCCCUUCCACCAAGUGCCCAUUCUCUCUCAUUAGAAGAAUAUUACUGACCCAAUUUGUCAUUUCCCCCAAAAGAAUGGAAAAUAUUCUUUAAGGUGGAGCUAAUCAGUUUCAGAUUGAGUUGUGCUUAUUAGAUCAAGGAUGAAAAUGAUAAGUUGCUUUCUCCUCUAGAGAAAGAAGAACUUGAAUUUUCCAGUCACCUGUAGUUCCUUGGCCCUUUUUUUAAAAAGUUACUAAUGGAACUAGACCCUGUUUAGUUGCUUCCCUCUCAUCCUAUCUUCUGUUCUAACUUGGGGCUGGGAGCAUGAGGGGGAAUGGGUAUCUCAAGAAAGGCAAGUUUUGUUCUAGAGCCUUUUGAAUGUUUUACUUGCUUGAAAUCUUUAUACAUUCUGCAACCGUACCCUUGCUUAGAGCAUAAAGAAACAAUUGCUAUUUGUACUGGUCUAUAUGAGGUGGUGGUCCUUAUGGUAGCUGGAGGCUCAGACUCUCCCCAUUUGGUACCAUUUGGUACCUGCUUGAAUAAAUCUCCCCUAGUAGCCCAAGGCUCCAGACAAGCUGAAUUGGAUUAGUAAUAGCAUUAGGGAGUUCACAUCUUAGCUCAUAGACUUCUGCAAUCUCCUCUUCUUCCAGGGCCUCUCCUAAAGAAAUACCAUGUCCCCAUUGUACAAGAUAGUGACUGUUGUCACAUUUCUUCUGGGGGAUUUUCAGGAGUGCUUCUUUGGAGUCCUAAUUUCCCCAAAUAGUUCUUUCUUCAUUUAGUGCCUGCUUAUGAGAAUGGGGACUGGACCUGCGAUUUCAUUGACAAAUGAAACCCCAAGAGAAGGAAAUUCCUUCUCCCAUACAGGUGGCACUUUCUCUGCAACUCAUGCUCUUUAGGUGUUGCAUUUAAGUGACUUGCCCAUGGCCACACAGCCAGCGUGUAUAGAGGUGAGACUCUCAAAUUCAGGUCUUCCUUGCUCCAAGGCCCCUUCUAUUACACCACCCUAACUAGAAUAAAUAGUAUCUAUCUAUAAUAUUAUUUUCCUUCUGAAUACUGAAUGGAUGUUAGCCAAUAAAAUAAAAUAAUUAUUUUCUGCUGGCUUUAUUACUCUACAAGCUUUUGAAAGUUAUUAAACAACUGAUAUGUGAAGAUAUCAGAUAUACAUGUAUACAUAUGCACAUAGAUACAUAUAUGCACGUAUGUAUGAAAGAAAUUUAAUAGGGAAACAAAGUGGACCUUGGUGGAGACAGCAAAGUCUUAUGGUAGGAGAUUAUACUUGAACAAGGAGAGUGUAGUUUGAAGGGGGUAGUAGGUUAGACAGGUGGUGGUGCUGGGCUAUCUGUGACCUAAACAACAAGAGAUUUAGAUAAAGAACUUGCUGACUGAGAGUCCUGAGAUCUUCCUCCUCUAUUCUUCCAGCCUCUUUGAGCCAAACCCCUUCAUUUUGUAAAGGCUAAAAUUCUAGCUAGUCUGUCUUAAAAUAUCUAA